AUGGCGUCUAACGAUUAUUCCCAAACACCUAGCCAGGGCUAUCCAUCCUAUGGUGGAGGUGGCGGUGCUAGCCAGGGCUACGGUCAGUCGUCUGGCCCGGGUUACGGCCAGCAGGGCUACGGAGGCUACAACCAGAGCGCGGACAGCAGCUCCAGCUCCUACAAUCAGGGAGGCUAUAGCGGCUACGGCCAUCCUCAGUCAGGUGGAUACGGGUCUCCAUCCUCCAACCAGGGCGGUGGCGGUGGUGGGUAUGGUCACUCAAGUCAGUCCUACAGCUCCGGAGGCUAUAACAGCAGCAACCAGCCGUCCAGCAUGAACUACAGCCAGCAGUCGUCAUUCUCCGGGUACAGCCAGCAGCAGCAGCCUCCUCCUCCAUCCUCUGCAGGACUAUGGGGCAGCGGGAGCCACCCACAACCGUCUCAGCACGGAGGAGGUCACUACAACCAGCCGCCGAGCUACAACACCCCUCCUCCGCCGAGCUACAGCCAGCAGAGCCAGUACGGGCAGAGUGGCGGAUAUGGAGGCGAUAGCCCGCCGAUAAGUGGAGGAGGAGGCGGAGGGUACGGUGGUCCUGAUGGAGGUUACGGAGGUCAGGAAGGCCGUGGGGGCAGGGGCCGCGGUGGAGGUGGAUUUGGAGGCCGCGGUGGUGGCGGAUACGAUCGUGGCUUUGACCGAGGCGGCCGAGGUGGUCCAAGAGGAAGAGGGGGCAUGGGAAUGGGCGAUCGUGGAGGAUUCAAUAAGUUUGGUGGACCAAGAGAACCAGGACCCGGCUUCAUGCAGGACCAGGAUAAUUCUGAUAACAACACCAUCUUUGUGCAAGGCCUGGGAGACGACUACACUGUUGAAUCAGUGGCUGACUUUUUUAAGCAGAUUGGGAUCAUUAAGGUAAACAAGAAGACAGGCCUGCCCAUGAUCAACCUGUACACAGACAGAGAGACGGGGAAGCUGAAGGGGGAGGCCACGGUCUCCUUCGAUGACCCCCCCUCAGCUAAAGCUGCCAUCGAGUGGUUCGAUGGUAAAGACUUCAAUGGAAACCCAAUCAAGGUGUCCUUUGCCACACGCAGAGCUGACUUUGGAGGCCGAGGAGGCAUGAGGGGAGGUCGAGGGCGAGGAGGUCCGAUGGGCCGUGGAGGGUUUGGAGGCGGUCGAGGUGGAGGUUUCCCAGGAGGCAACGGUGGCAAUGGAGGGGGAGGAGGUGGUGCCAGUGGUGGAGGAGGGCAGCAGCGAGCCGGAGAUUGGAAGUGUUCAAACCCUAACUGUGGGAACUUGAACUUCUCCUGGCGUAACGAGUGUAACCAGUGCAAAGCUCCGAAAGCUGAAGAUGCUGGUGGGAUGCCCCCCAUGGAGCGAGGAGGUUAUGGAGGAGGCGGAGACCGCAGAGGGGGGUUUGAUCGGGGUGGCUUCAGGGGCCGUGGCAGCGACCGUGGCGGCGGAGGCUUCAGAGGAGGCCGUGGAGGCGAGCGGGGAGGAUUCGGCCCCGGCAAGAUGGACGUGAGGGGCGACCGCAGGCAGGAGCGGCGGGGCCGUCCCUAUUAGACCACGGCUGCUCGCCAUGACGACCAAUGUGUGCACAGGUGUCCGUACCGGACACAGCCCACCCCCUCACCUUUUAUAUCACUCCUUGUUUGACAUGUGACUCUCCCUGUGUUAGUGUUAGCUGUCGUGAUUCAUCCACACUGUCUGCUCAGCGGGGCGUCGUUUACCAAAACAAGCUUCAAAUCGACAUUUUAAUCGAUCCGAUUUUAUAUCUGCCCGACUCUCCGGGAUCAUCACCGGACACCGCUCUGUUCCAGCGCCACGCUUUCACCCUGUCAGAGUAGCUUUGCAUGAUUCCCAGCUCAAAAUAUUUAUGUCUCAGAUUUGAAUAAAGAUCAUCAGCUGGCGUCACUAUCUGUCCAGAAUUUCACAAAUUUGCGGGAUUUUCAGAGAAACGUGUGCUCAAAGCGAGCAGAUUCAGAGCCGUUACCGGUGUUUUGAUCCCUGCUGAUGAACGCGCACCUCCUCCUGAUGUUCGCCAGGGUCAGUGAGCGACGUACGACCGCUGAGAGCGUUCGGGAUCAAGAGGCACAGAUGCCACACCUGCCCGCUGAUGCCAGCUCAUUCUGAUCAUGGCCAGUGUGCGAUGUAAAUGAAGCCCCGGCUCUACAGCUGUGUUUAAGAACUUUUUACUAUUUAUUAUUGGUGUUUUUGUAUCGUGCUCGUGCUGCUUUUCCAAAUGAAAGUGUUGACCAAGUAA